AUGCCUCAAGCGGACAGGGAGUGGGAAAUGAGGGUCCUACAAAGCGAGCGUCCUUUGGAAGCAGGCGUGGUAUAUCCUAAGAGGUUAUCGUGGUCCGACGGCCACACAGGCCCGAGUCUGGGCGUCGUUAGAGCGAAACAGGGCAGCCUGAAUUGCGAAAUACGCAUGGACGCUGCGCGCGAGUUCACGCACAGGCCAACCCACGGUCUUCGUGAACGGGCUCCUCAAACCAAUGUUGAACGCACCAACGAUCUAGUCGCCUUGGAUUGGUUGUGUCGAAAGUUGGCUGCGAACGAAGAGAUAAGCCGGAGAGACCCACGAAUACAUCUUAAGGUCAUGCGCCCGAUGCACAAAUCACCGGGAGAGCCUACAGAACGAGGAAAGGGAGACACCCUGCCGGAGCUACUAGGCACACCCAAGGGAAUCGCCGCCCUCGCCGAAUUAUUUAGAAAAUCAGGCGCCUUUACUUUCACCGGAGAGAAGGACACGCCCAAAGACGCCCCAACCUUCGAAGAUGAACCAGAGCCCCCAGACAUAGACUCGGAAGACAAUACCUCCGACUCAAACCACUUCACUACAAUCAUCUACAUUCACGGAGGUGAUUCUACAGUACCUAAGGGCAGCCUGAUGCUGUCGGCCGGAUUGUGCGUGGACUCGCGCACAGCGCCCAUGUCCCGCAACUGCUUCUUUUCCGCCCCAAGCUCAGCUAAACCGCGCAUGUCAAUGUUGAUUGCAGCUGGAAAGGAGGUCCGCUGCUGCAGAACACGGAAGCAGGCGAUUGGUGUCCCACGACAGUCCAGGGCCUACAGUCGGCAACAGCUGUCCGCGUUCUUGUUCCAGCACCCCACGCAACGACGGUUACGCAUCUUUGCCAUCAAGCGAAAUUCCCUACCAGAACGCAAUUGGCCUGAAACGGCGUUGCAACUUGCUUCGGCUGCAAAUGUUCUCAAUGCCGACAGUUUCAUUGACACCUUCACCCCUGUGUUGCACAUGUGGAAUUCAUCGAACACGGAAGACAAAUUGCCGCACAAGAAACCUCGCAUCGGCUUGCUGUUUAUCGACUUUCUGGCAGACAAGGGCCCACCAACAGCUACCAAGCAGCUCGUUACCACUCUGUGGACGUGA